AUGAUUGAUAUCUUUGUCAAAGUUUAUCUAGUCAAUGGUGUGACUAUCAGAAAGAUACCUCUUAGUCUUGGCCCAAUCGACGAUGAAGCGCACCCGGUCCUUCGCGAGGCAAUUAUCUACAGAAUUUUGGAAGACCAUCCUCGUAUCGCCCGGUGCAUCUCCCGAGGACGGAUGGACCUCGUUGAGGCCGAGCACUAUCCCAAUGGUCAUCUUCUUGAAUUUUCCCAGAGAUAUAAGGCCUCAGCGGAACUACAAUCAAGAUGGUUCCAACAAAUAAUCGAGGCUGUCGUGGCGAUUCACCAAUAUGGAGUGAUUCACUCUGAUCUUGUAUUACGACAAUUUUUCGUUGAUGAUGGGCUAAAUCUUCACCUUGGCGAUUUUACCGCAUCCCAAUAUCCUGGGCAUCCCGCGCUUGGGUACGAACAAGCAACACAUUGCUUGCCAAGGGACACCGAAGAACCUAAUACGAUGAUGUCUGAUAUCUUCGCCCUGGGCUCCACUUUAUUUGAGCUUGUUACUGGCAAAGUCCCCUUCGCUGAACUCUACCCAGUCGAGCCAAAGGAAAUUGCCCAAUCUCACGACCCCGCCAUUGUACGUGCACGACUCCAGCGGAAAGAUGACGCAGACAGAGAAGUUGGGAGACGGUUUCAAAAACGCGUGUUUCCUGCAGUGACUCAAAUCUACGGCGGUGAUAUCAUUCUAGCCUGUUGGAGGGGAAAGUUUUCUUCAGCGAAGGAGGUGCUUCAGGCAUACGAAUCAGCAUAUCACUAG